CAUUAACUGCCGCCUCUCGCUCCCGUCUCCUCCUCCUCCUCCGGCCGCCGCCGCCGCCGCCGCCGCCGCCGCUCUUCCGUCGUCCUGCUGUUUCCGCUGCAUCCUCACCGGAAGGCCCCCGAGCCUCGCCGCCCCACCGCCCCCAAUCCCUACGCCAUUUCCAGCGCCGCCGGGGGCCCGUCGCCGCUACGCCCAAAAUGACUGGAUCAUCUAAGAAGCAUGAACUGAAGUCUAAACAGAAGCUUGAGAAGAAGCUCAGCUUCUACACAAAAGUGAAAGAUACAGUAACCUCCCUAAAUGCUAAAAAGACUAUCAGCAAGAAAACUAAGCAGAGGAACCACAAGAAGAAACUGAAAGCAUAUGAUCUCUCAUCACUCUCUGAGUUCCUGCCUGAAACAGAUGCCUCAAAGCAGCAGAGCGAAGCAAAACUGAACUGCAAAUCAAAGCAAGCUUUAGUGCAACGAGAGGCUGCCCAGCUGAAGGCUGUGUUGACCAAUCCACAGUUCCAGCUCAACCCAUUCGCUGCAAUCCAUCAGCACCUGUUGUCAACACAGCCACAUUCUGCGAGAAAAGAGAGCGAUUCGGACAAGCACGAGAAGAACCCUAAGGACAAGAAAAGAAAGAAGAACAACAACAAGAAGAAUGCUUCAUCUACCUCCGAGGCAAUGGAUAUAUGAUACCGCGAAGUACCCACCAAAAAGGAGAAUUUGCACAAUUAUCAUCAAUCUUGGUUUGAAAUAGACUCCUUUGAUGUGAUCUCUUGAACAUUGUCAAAUUUUGUUAAAGAGCCAGCAUUCUCUCCUCCCAGAGCUUCCUAGUUGCUUGUAGCAUGGCUGAAGGAGUGUUCAAGUGCAACAAAUUUGUACCUGGAGCAUUUUCUCGCUGGAUAUAUAUAAAAAUCGAAUUGGUCAGGUUGACUCUUGUCCGAAACACCAGGUAUUCUUUCUCCUCAUUAACUAUUAAUUAUCAUGUUUCAAGUGUUCCGGAUUUUAACGAUAAGUUGGUAA